UACUGUUCACCCGUGCCAUUUUUUGUUUUUGUUACCAUUGCAGUUGCUUUUGGGCCUUCCUGUUUCGUGGGCUGCAUUUGGAAACAUUGUUAUUGUCUUUUCAAGUAGGGUUAGUAGCCACAGACAACACUCAGAAACCACCUUUGCAUUUUACCGUGAAUCCCCUCCCCAUUCCUCCCCCCUACUUCAUCGAGUAUCCCCUCUACCUAUUGCUCCAGCGCACUCUGGCACCUAUGUAGGAGGUUCGACAUCCCACCGGCCAGCUGUUGCCGUGCUGGUGCAUCGAAGGUCGAUCCCUAAGGAGAUGACUGGAGGAGUAUCAGCUUUUCCUAAGGGUGAGAGUAUUUUUACAUGGAAUGGCACAAUUGAAGGCGGAAAAGGGACUCUGUAUGAGGGCUUAUCUUAUGAACUCUCCUUGCGUUUUCCCCUGGACUAUCCUUUUAAGCCACCCCAAGUGAAGUUUGAAAAAAUGUGCUUUCAUCCAAAUAUCGAUCAGUUUGGCAACAUUUGUCUGGACAUCCUUCAGUGGUCUUCAACAUAUGAUUGCAGAACCAUUCUUCUAUCUAUUCAGAGUUUAUUGGAAGAGCCUAACCUGGUGAGUCCUCUAAACAGCUAUGCUGCAGCACUUUGGAAUGAUAAGGAAGGAUGGAAAAUUGCCAACUAUUUCUUAACACUACUUCUAAGAUUUAGUUCAUUUUAUCUCAACUUCAAUAUGUCUAAUGCUUUAGUAGAUUAGAGGUCUAUUGAACCACUUUAUUCUUAGUUUAUUAAUUCAAUUA